UGUGAAAGUCAUUAUUACACACUGCGGCACUGGUUCAAAGAGACGUCGAGAACUUUAAUUGAAAAGAAAAUCUCAAAAAAUUAAUCGCUGUUUGGAGAAAUGAUAAUUUAACUGGCAAGCUUAGAUCGGAUCGAACUUAAAAGAAUAAAAAAUGACAAGCGCAGAGAAAGGGGAGUUUUCUAACUCCCAUAACGUAGAGGAGGGGGUGAAGUCGAAGCCGGUGGACCUGGACACGAUCCUGGUGGAGGAGCUGGGGCAGUUCGGCUGGUUCCAGGCGCGCACGCUGCUGCUGGCCGCCCUCAUGGUCGUCUUCGCGUCGUGGGGCGCCAACGAGUACGUCUUCACCACCGCCCGGAUCCCGACCAGAUGUCACAUUCCGGAGUGCGACCUGGAGGAGCCCGAGUUCCACAGCGAGUGGCUGCCGAGCGCGAUCCCCGGCAGCCCGGCAGCGCUGGACGGCUGCCAGCGGUUCGCCGCCGCCAACGCCUCCGCGGCGCGCGCCGACGCCUGCCCGCCCGACUGGUUCGACCGGGACCGGCUCGAGAGCUGCGAGCGACAUCUCUACGAGAAUACAGACUCCGUCGUAUAUGACUAUGGACUAGCGUGCGACGACUGGCGGCGGUCGCUGAUCGGGACCAUCCGCACGUUCGGCACGCUGACGGCGCUGCCCAUCACGGGCUUCGUGUCGGACCGCUGGGGCCGGCGCACGGCGCUGGCGCUCAACGGCUUCAACACGGCCUGGAUCGGCGCGCUCAGGUUCUUCGCCGGCACCUACGUCGGCUUCGUCAUCUCCGAGUUCGCGGAGGCCACUUUUGGCUCCGGUGGAUUCUCGACUGCUUACAUUUUGCUAAUGGAAGUGGUUGGGCCCAAGUUCCGCGUGGCGGCCGGCGCCAGCAUGAACACCUGCUUCUCCUUCGGCCAGAUCACCAUGGGGCUCAUCGCGUGGGGCGUGCCCAACUGGAGGAACCUCACGCUGGCCCUCUACGUCCCUCAGCUCAUAACCAUAGCCUACUUCUGGCUCAUGACCGAAUCUGUUCGUUGGUAUAUGAGCAAAGGGCGCUAUGAAGAAUCCGAGAAGGUGCUCAAAAAAAUCGCUAAAGUAAACAAGAAACACUUAUCCGACAAGUCCUUGAAAGCUCUCAGAAGGACGGCCGAAGAACAAAAAGCGAAUCAAGCUGAGAUAGACAAGCAAAAGAAGGACGAACCGUGGUUAAUUGUCCAGGUGUUCAGGCAUAAAAGGGUGUUGAUUCGGUGUGUAGUUUCACCUAUUUGGUGGAUUACCACAACUUUCAUCUAUUAUGGCCUCUCGAUCAACGCCGUGAACAUGUCAGGGAACAAAUAUCUCAACUACAUGGCAGUGUCGUCUGCACAAAUACCUGGCUACUGGACUGCUGUAUUUCUCCUGGGCAAGAUCGGAAGAAAACCCGUCCUGAUUAUAGCAUUCUGGCUGUGCGCGGCCUGCCAGAUAGGAUAUAUCUUUAUGCCAGAAGCGCAAUACGCGUUGUCCCUGACGCUAUACCUGGUGGGCACGUACUGCAUCGCGACCGUGAUGACGGCGGUGUACGUGUACACCAACGAGCUGUACCCCACGCGCCACCGCCACAGCCUGUUCGCCUUCUCGUCCAUGAUGGGCCGCAUCGGCUCCAUGCUGGCGCCGCUCACGCCCGCGCUGGGUGCGGCUGUGUGGGACAAGCUGCCGUUCGUGCUUUUCGCGAGCUUCGCCUGCCUGUCGGGCGCGCUGAUCUUCGUCACGCCCGAGACGCUGGGUUCCAAGUUCCCAGACACCAUGGAGGAGGCCUCCGACCUCGGGAGAAAGAAGAAUGCUACGCAAAAGUAGCAUUGAUCUUAUUAUAAGGUACAGUUAGGUACACAUGCACAUUAUGACAUCUUAUGAGCAUGUGUAACUAACUGUACUUCACUUAUUGUAAUUAUGUAAAUAUUAUUUAUUUAUAAGAAAUCAGUGGUUGGUCUGCAAAGAACACCCGUGUCGUGAAGUUCAAAACUUUAAUCUCUCGUCAUGUUCCCUCAGAACAAAUGUCUGUUGUUAUUUCUUUUUUCCUACUUAAUUAUUAUAAUUGAUUUGUAAAACAAACAUUUUUAUGUA